AACGCGGGAAAUAUCAAAAUGAAACGAGUUACUAAUUUUAGCACGUGUUGUCAUCAAAAUGAAAGAAGAACAAUAGCUUGAAUGAGUUUAAAAUACGGUUAAAUGACUUUUAUACUAGACCGGUUUUUGUCAUUAUUUAAUGGCGGAAUGAGGGCUUACAAGGUUCAAGACGUAAAACGGGAACAACGAGUAGGCGUGACUGCCAAAAACUUCCAAGAGCUGCUGGAGAAAGGUGCACAGAAAUUAAAGUUACAUUCAGAUGAAGUCACUGUUGUAAUUGAGGAUGAUGGUACAGUGGUCGCAGAUGAUAAAUUCUUCAAAAAGCUCCCAGCCCAGACUGUUUUUGUCUUUCUAAAGAAAGGAGAGAAAUGGAGAGGGGCUGGGGCCCUGAUUCACGAUGCCCUCAGUAAGCUGUACUGCGCUACCAGGAAGAAUGAAAUUGCAUCACAGAUCCGGGAUCUCCUGAAAGCUGAGGAUGCUCCAGAGAAGAUCCACAUCAUAUCCCAAUACCUGGAACUUCUGGAAACCAACUCCUCAUCGGAAAAAAGACAGGAUCACGAAGACUGGUUUGAAGGACUCAAUAAGAAAUAUAAAACCAAGAGUGAUGUGAUGAGACACAGUGCACAGACCCGGAUACGCAGUUACUAUGUUACAGCAAAAGAUCAGAUAGAAAGAGAAGCUGAUGUGGAAAACAAGCAGGACCUGCUGGAUCUCCUAGACGAAGGCUUCCAGAAACUUAAAAAAUCAGACUUCAACUCCUUAUAUUUUGAUCGUACAUCUAAUGAGAAAGGUCGUAUGUGUGACCCUCAGGGCUGGUUUCGAUGCGAGGGGCCAUAUGAUGUGGAUCAUUGCGACAAAUUUCACACCAUCAAUCCUUAUGCUUCUAAGGGAUACAGACAACUAUUUGGAUUAUGGAAUUUGGACCAUAUAAUUGAAAAAUCUCGAGAGGUGAUACCAACACUUAUUGAGGCAGCUCGAAAGAAGCAGAAAUAUCAAAACUUAAAUGUAGAUCUUCUGUACAAAUUACUCUUCUCAAGGGAAAAUUUAAAACUGGUUCAAAUUGGCUGCCACAAAAAAGCUGCACGAGAAUCGGGCAAAGUGAAAUGGAGUGAUUUUUGCUCUAAAUGAUGGUAUUAUGUCUGUAAUGUCAGAAAUUCAGCUUUAUGAUUUAGGACUGCUUCAUUUUCUAUUAUCCUCAUUCUAUGAAAGACAUUCAUUUUAUACAAUUGCUUACAUUUCCAGUGUUUUUGCCUUUGAUAUCUUUACAAAUUAUAAUGAUGGCCAUUUCUUCAUGAAUGUGUUACAGUUAUGAAGAAUAUGCUUUUGAAUAAAUAUAGUACAUGUACAUCUUUUUCAAAGGCAGAAAUGCAAGUACAUGUACAUUGUAGAAUGUAAAUAAAAAAUAAAUAUCACUUUUGAUAAAACAUGAGGGUAUGAACUGAAAGCUUCACACUAGCAUUCUUUUCAUGGAGCUUAAGUAUCCUCUCUCAAAAUCACAUUCAUGUACAUGCAUACAUCAUACACGAAGAAAGAAAUUGCCCUUAUAUGGUGAAACCCAAUUCAGUGAUAUCUUUGAUGAUCUCAAAGGAGGCUAAAUGUGCCAAUUGAAAGAUCUGGUCAAUAUGAAGAGGAUGGGGCAUUGUUUCCAAAUAUCUUUGGGACAGUUUUUUCUCUAAUAAAAGUUGGGAGUAUUUAUUAUACACCCUUUUACAGGUCUGUGUUAUGGUAUGGGCUCAUGCCUGUCCAUUUGUUAGCUUUUUUUGUGUCCAGGUCACAUCAAUCUUGGUUGCCUUCCCCUGAGGGAAGGUGUAUUACAACCCAAAAGUACGUAUUGGUAUUUUAUUGCUACACAUAUUCAAAUCUUGUCUGAAUCACAACUUAAGCUUUGUGAGGCCUAGGACUAUCAGACUUAGUCAUUUGCUGCAUAUUUAGGGGAAGAUAUGUCAUGAACAUGAAAUAGGUCAACGUGCCUCAUUUUGGAAUUGCAAAUGACCGUGUCACAGCUUGUGACUUUGAGUUUAGUUAUGCAUUUUUUACAUAUAGUUCUAGAUGAGUGCAUUUCAUGUGCCCUAACUGUACACUUUAUUUUUGAUACUAACCAUUGUUUUGCCACUAAGUGUUGGUAUUUAUGAAUUUCAUAAAUAGGAAAAUUCAUAGAAUUUCCUGAAAAUCAAAUGCUUGUUAUUUUGUUGUUACAUGUACUUGCUGAUUUUGAGGUAAAUUAAUAGAUUAUGAAUGAAUGCUGAUUUCAUAAAAUGGAUUUUUAUAUUUUUAUUUCCCACUGUGAUAAAAUUACUAUGCAAUGUAUGUACACAAUACUGUGAUACAGUUGUACCGGUCUUCUGCAUGUUAACUUGUAGAAUAUAUGUAACUUGUAUCUGGAAUUUCAAUAAUUUUAAAGUUUUUAGAUGACACACUUUAGUCUAGGGCUAUUUUAUUUAAAUUUACACUCUGCAGCACAAUGAACUUUUAUUUUUGACAAACACAUCUAUUGCUUGAGAACAUUCAACUGUAUUUCAAUGAAAUUAAAUUUGAAAGAAUUAAACCUGUUACACUUGAUAUGGAUAGGUGACAAAACUCAAUAUUGUGUGAAGAAUACACAUAUCAACACUUCGCGAAAGUUACGUCCCUUGUCCGCCAUCUCGCAGAUAAAAAUCGUAUUUCCCUACGUUGGCCUUUGUAAUUUUCCUAUCUGUAGCUUUGACAUGUUAUUUUUCCAUCAAUUGCAGUCAACUACAAUAUGCCCCAGAUUGGUGCAACCCAUUAACUUGUAUGAAAACUUGGUAAUUGGCUAAAAUUCAAAGUAAUAACAUCUUACAUUUGGUAAGGUAAAGAAGGAAAACUUGGUUUUUCACCGAUUGACCUUUGGCUGACCCCGCAAAGGGACGUAACUCGCGGUGAAGUGUUGAUAUAUAGGUGUAUUGAAAUCUUUCUUUUUUAAACAAAAAUACAUAUGUAUAUUAUGACAUGUAUUUAUCAUAUGACAUCUAGUGUACAGGAUAAAUUUUAUACCAAUAAAGAAUUUUACAGCUACAUAUAAAUUUGGACAUAUAUAAUAUAUUGUACAUUAUUUACCCAAUUUUAUUAGAAUAAAAGAUUUGUCAAAAUAGCAUUCUCAGGAAUAAAGAAUUGAUGAAAUUUCA